UCUCGAAAAUCAUUUUUUUGUCAAGUCACCGUAUAGUUUCGAUAGAUUGCACAUGAACGAUAGAAGAAUUGUACGGUAUUGCGAAAAUCGUUUGCAUAAAAUUUAUUGGUCAUCUGGAAACGACAAAUUUAUUACCGUACGAGAUUAUUUACAAGAACUUUUGAAUAGAGACGUAGAUAAUAUUGUAUAUACUAAGGGAAUGGCAAAAGUUAACGUUUUACGAAACUUGUUUAAACUAAAUUGCAAACGACUCGGAAUCGGACCGAUCCCCGAGAAGAGACGCCAAGAACAAGACGACCCACAAGGGCAGAAAGAAGCCGAGAAGAAACAUAAGGAUAGCGACCGUAGACGAGAAGAAGUUAAGGAUGCGGAAGAGAAGCCCAUGAAAAAGUCUAACGAAGGACCUAGGCAGGGGUCGGGAUCUGGAACUAAGCGAAAAGCUGGCGACGACGAUAAGAAGCCUGCGAAGAGGAUCGUGAAGGACCAAGUCAAGUCGGCCGUGAAGGACGCUAAGCGGAAGACAUCCAAGAAGGAUCCCCAGCCUCACUUCAGCGGCGGAGGAGCAGGUGAACAGCCAGGUACAAUUAAGAAAAACUUCUCGUCCUACGAAGAGAAGAAAGAUUCGCAAAAUUCAAUUUGGUGGGAGGGGUUUUUAGGAGGCGAAUACUACCUCCGACUCCAAACAUGGCAUAACAACUCAAAAACAUAUUUAUCUUUACGCAAAAAUCAAAAUGUGGGCGCAAAUAUUCUGGUCGACCACUAUUGGUCAUUAGUAAAAGCGUUAGAAGAAAUGCGCAACGACGUUGGUAGCAUGCUCCCGGCAAAACCGGACGCUUAGAGCUUUAUUUGAUGUUAAGCUCACUAAAAGUUUUAAAAUUCAAAUUUUGGUUACAAAUACUAGAUUAUUAGUUAUUGCUCCAUAAAUCCUCUCAAUACUUACCUUCAAAUUAGCACCGGAUCAAUUCUGAAAAUAAAUAAAUUCCAAUACUUCAUUAAUUAACUAAAAUUGUUGUCUAUUAAUUUCUCACACAGUUGACGGACUUAUCUUUGUUCGUCGUCAUAGACGGGCAAUGUUUCCGAGGAAGGCUACGCCUGGAUCAGCAGCAUAUGACCUAUUUUCUCAAAACUCUGGCGAAAUCAGUGGUGGCCGUGUUGGUGUGGUGGAGACGGGGAUCCAAGUUAUACUGCCCCUCAACCACUUUGGUUUGAUUAAGGGGAGGAAAGGAUUGGCCGCAGCAACAAUGAUAUCCACAGCAGGUGGCAUAAUCGACCAUGAUUAUACUGGGACGAUGAAGAUUAUCUUGCACAACAACUCGAGCGAAAACUUCGCUUACAAAGCGGCGUCACGCCUCGGGCAGCUUGCAGUAAUCCCAAUGUACCACGGACCAGUGCGAUACGUUGAAGGAACUAAGAAAGACGAAGAACACGGCGUUCAAAGAAGUGAGUUCUUAUCCCGCGAGCCGCGCGGUGAUAAGGGAUUCGGUUCGACUGGACAAUAACGCGUUUUUGGCAUUGUUCAUCACUUCACAUAUAUCACUUCCAACUUGCUAACAAUUUUUCAUUUAAACUGUUUUGAAUUAGUUAAUUAAUUAAUAAAUUAACUUUUUAACCGUC